GCAAAACCUUCUCGCGAGCACAUCACAGCUGCACUGAGGGGGGCCCGGCAGCCCUGCACGGAUCGCGGGGAGCUCUAACCGAACCGAGUCAAGCCGAGCCGAACCGAGCUUCCCAACGCACACCGGAGCUUUUUCCCCCCCGCUCGCGAUGAGCUUGGUGCUCGGUCUGCGGCGCUGAACCCAAAGGGGGGCGACGCACCUGCCAGCCCCUGGAGCGGACUGCGCCCCUGCAGCGAGGCAACUUUUGCGCUCUUUCUUUCAUUUUUUUCUUUCUAUCCAUCCGAGGAAGGGGUGUGUGUGCAAAGUUGGCCCUCAUAUGAGCUCCUGUGGCGACGGUGGUCGGGGAGGGCGACGAAAGCAUUGAGAUUUUUUGCAUCCCUUGACAUUGUAAGCAGGCGACACGGCGGCUUGGGUUGAUUUGUUUCCCUUCCUUUGCUAUCCGAUGGAUAUUCACUGCAAGGCGGACCCCUUCGCGGCCAUGCACCGGCACGGGGGUGUGAACCAGCUCGGCGGGGUGUUCGUCAACGGAAGGCCCCUCCCGGACGUGGUGCGCCAGCGCAUCGUGGAGCUGGCCCACCAGGGGGUUCGACCGUGCGACAUCUCUCGGCAGCUGCGCGUCAGCCACGGCUGCGUCAGCAAGAUCCUCGGCAGGUACUACGAGACUGGUAGCAUCAAACCGGGCGUGAUCGGGGGCUCCAAGCCCAAAGUGGCCACGCCAAAGGUGGUGGACAAGAUAGCGGACUACAAGAGGCAGAACCCCACCAUGUUUGCAUGGGAGAUUCGUGACAGGCUGCUGGCUGAAGGCAUCUGCGACAACGACACCGUGCCCAGUGUCUCCUCCAUUAACCGGAUCAUCCGAACAAAAGUACAGCAGCCCUUCCAUCCGUCGCCCGAUGGGACGUCCCUGUCGACGCCAGGCCAUACCAUAGUGCCAAACACAGUGUCUCCGCCAGUAACCAGCGCCUCCAACGACCCUGCGGGGUCCUACUCCAUUAACGGCAUUCUGGGUAUUCCGCGAUCCAACGGUGAAAAGAGGAAAAGAGAUGAAGAUGGUUCAGAUGGUUCUGGUCCAAACAGUGAUUCUCAGGGUAGUGUGGAGAGUUUACGGAAACACCUGAGGGCCGACGCCUUCACCCAGCAGCAGCUGGAAGCCCUGGAUCGGGUCUUUGAACGCCCCUCGUACCCGGACGUCUUCCCUACAUCGGAGCACGUCAAACCGGAACAGGCUAAUGAGUACUCGCUGCCGAGCCUCAAUUCCAGCCUGGACGAAGUCAAGCCCAGUUUGUCGUCCAACGCCAACCCGGAGCUGGGCCCCAGCGUGUCGCAAAGCUACCCUGUAGGUCGAGACAUGGCCAACACGACAUUACCCGGGUACCCCCCUCACGUCCCCCCCACAGGCCAGGGCAGCUACCCGACUUCCACGCUGGCUGGAAUGGUUCCUGGGAGUGAGUUUUCGGGGAACCCCUACAGUCAUCCACAGUACACCACCUACAACGAAGCUUGGCGAUUCAGCAAUCCGGCGUUACUAAGUUCCCCUUAUUAUUAUAGUGCCGCGUCGAGAGGCUCCGUCGCGCCCGCUGCUGCCGCUGCCUAUGACCGCCACUAGUUACCAUGGAAACCAAAUCAACCUGCAGGACCGCCGCCUCAGCCUCCAUAUUUGAGCACAGUGAGGACAUCGAGAGCUCACGCGAUGAGGCCAUUUGGGGGGGGGUUGUCUUCAAGAUGUCUUCACCUCGAUGAACAGAAGAGGGUUGCGGAAAAUUGAGAGGGGGAAAAAAAAAACAGCCAUUGUGGAUCAAUACUGUACAUUCCUUUGCUUGGCAGCUCUCAGCAGGGACUGUAUGAGGCUUAAAAAUGUAGCAGCGGCCUUUUAUUUUCCUAAUUCUCCUAAAAUACACGCAGAAACGGGACCGCUACGAGACGAGCCGGCUGCAUUUUCAUCCAUCGUCCAGCAUGGCGGAAUGCCGUGAGAAGAUUAGGACUCUGUGAUACACAAUCAACAUGUUGAGGAAAAAGAAAAAAAAAAAAAAAAAAAGUGCAGUGCGUCGCUAUGAAGCAAGUGGAGCUUUUCUUAAUGAUAUUUUUUUUAAUUUUUGUUUUGUUUUCCAAUCAUUUAAAGGACUAAUCUGCUGUGUCAGGAUUUGAAAAGCAACAUUUGAGGUCCUUUUUCUUACUUUUGUUGUUGAUUUUGCACUAUGUUCAGAUGUUUGCAACACUGGAGCGUUGUUCUAUAUGCAGGAAUCCUUUAUGCAUACGUGCUUUCGGUUAGGCACUUAAAGCGACGCGUCUCGACAACAUGCACUACUGCUAGAUGGUUUAAAUGAAGUCUUUGGCAACAGCCAUCGCCCAUUGUCGAGUAUAAAAGAAUAAUAAUAAUAAAUUUGAAAUGAAUUAUUCAAACGUCAGUGCUGAUUGAUGGCCAUGGCGUCGAAAAACAAGUGAAUGCCUUAAAAAAAAUUCAAAAAAUAAUUAAAAAAAGCUUCAGCGUCAUCAUGUUUCAGCCAUCUUUCUUUUUUUUUUUUUGACUGAAUGUAGUUUACAUUUGCCAAAGACUUUUUUUGUUGUUUAUUUACAGGCCGCCUAUUGUUGAGAUUAGUGUUAUUAUUCUUGUUUUCGUGGUUAUUAUUAUUAAUAUUAUUAGGGACAAGCCACACGCUUCAUGAGGAAGUCGAGAUGUAUAAAUUCUAUGCAGUGCAGAUGGUCAUCAUAUGCAUAUGAAGCUGUUUAAGGUACAGUGGGUGGAGUUUAUUUAAUGUUCAUGUGUGUGUGUGUGUGUGUGUGUGUGUGUGUGUGUGUGUGUGUGUGUGUGACAAAACACUUCAUGUAAAUACAUUAAGAACUGUCUUUCAUGUUCAUUGGUAUUAUUUCUUUCAUUCUGGUCACACUUGUAUAAUAAUAAUAAAAAAGUGUCUGAAAUCUUUUACCAAAA